GUAUGCGUUGACGGUGUUUGAAGGGGGGAAAUGCGCUAUUGCACGGGUAAGCCUAAAGUUAAUCGGAAAGCCGGAUAGCCCUACUAGAAUGUGUUAUCCGCAAACUAGACACCUAUCACGCACACCGGAAUUGCAGGAACAAAAAGUGUUGUUUUUCAUAACCCUGUUCCUUAUUCCCUUAUAUUCCCGGGAAAUGGAAGCAUAAAACCAAGCGAAAAUUAGAGAGAGAGAAAGAGACCGGUUGAGAACGGUGGUAUACUUUCCGUCAAGACGCGUUGAAACAGUUUACAUUUGUAAUCCUGCAUUAAAGAAAUCGCAUGAAACCUUGAAGCGUAACUCCAUAUUUGAAUUAUAAACAGUAGAUAACAAUUAUCACGACAACCGGCAACCCAGGCAGUUGUCUAUAUGCAGUGAAUUAUAGCAGUUGCACAAGAUACGUCACUUUUGGAUUAAGUGAUUCGUAAAUUAAGUCAAAUUCACGCCAAUUUCUUCCUUCUUUUCUCCUCAAGAAGUUGAUGGAAGUAGAAACCAACGACGGAACUUCAUUUUCGGAUGUCGUUAUGCAGUACGAAACAAUAGGAACUCGAGAAUCAGAACAACGCUUUAAUUCUAGCAGCAGUGCAUUACUGCCCUUGAUAAAAAUUGAUAAGAAACAAAUUUUAGGACAAGGAGGGUACGGCAUCGUUUAUAAAGGUCUUUGGGGGGAAGAAGCGGUAGCUGUGAAGCGAAUUCAGUCAGCUAACACCGAAAGCAACGAAAAAGAAGAAGAAGCAUUAAAAAGUCUUAAUCAUCCCAAUGUCAUCAAAUUAUUAGAUGUUGAAGUCGACAAAGAUUUCAGGUAUUACGUACUGGAAUUGUGCCAACUAUCACUGCAUCAAUUAUUUUGGGGUGACAAAAAUCAGAAAAAAUGUCGUGAGAAAAUGCCCUCAGACAAAGAAGUGUUCCUCCAGUUGGCCAUGGGAUUGGCGCAUAUACAUGAAAUGAGGCUGAUCCAUCGGGAUCUUAAACCAGAAAACGUCCUCAUUUGGGUGGAUUCGACUGGAGAAACAGUUUUGAUGAAAUGGGCCGAUUUCGGACUAAGUAAACCAGUCAGUGAAAGAGGAAGCUGUUCCAUGAGUGGACCAAACCGAGGGAGCAAUAACUGGUAUGCCCCUGAAAUAUUGAAAAUGAAAAUUGAUGAAGAAGAGAACCGAACAACGCCCCUUCAUCGUCAAAGAGGAACCGUUAUUAGCGAUGUGUUUACAGAAGGUCUCAUCUUCGCCUUUUAUCUCUUGGAAGGUCUUCACCCAUUUGGUUCACCUCUUAAGAUUCCGUCCUACAUACUUAAAGAUAAACCAGUCAAUCUACUCAUCAAAGAGGAAAACCAUCAGUUGAUUCAUAAAAUAAUUAUGGAAAUGUUGAAGCAUAAUCCCGGAGACCGAAUUUCCUCAUCACAAGUUGUUGAAAAAAUAAAAACACUUCCGUAGCGAUCGCUGGCGUGUGGUGAUUUUACUUCCAAACGUUCUCACUCGAAAAUGCAAACUGAAAAGUGAAUAAAAUUUCAACAAUUUUAA